AUGUUCGGGAAACCAGACAAAAUGGACGUUCGGUGCCACUCGGACACAGAGGCCGCCCGGGUCUCCAAGAACGCGCACAAGGAGAGCCGGGAGAGCAAGGGCGCGGAGGGGAACCUCCCCGCCGCCUUCCUCAAGGAGCCGCAAGGCGCCUUCUCUGCGUCGGGCGCCCAGGAAGAUUGUAACAAAAGUAAAGCCAAUUCAACAGCCGACCCGGAUUACUGCCGCCGGAUCCUGGUCCGAGAUGCCAAGGGGUCCAUCCGAGAGAUCAUCCUCCCCAAAGGCCUGGACCUGGAUCGGCCCAAGAGGACACGCACGUCCUUCACUGCCGAGCAGCUCUACCGCCUGGAGAUGGAGUUCCAGCGCUGCCAGUACGUGGUGGGCCGAGAGAGAACCGAGCUCGCCCGGCAGCUCAACCUCUCCGAGACGCAGGUGAAGGUCUGGUUCCAGAACCGGCGCACGAAGCAGAAGAAGGACCAGGGCAAGGACUCGGAGCUGCGCUCGGUGGUGUCUGAGACCGCGGCCACGUGCAGCGUGCUGCGGCUGCUGGAGCAGGGCCGCCUGCUGUCGCCUCCAGGCCUGCCGGCGCUGCUGCCGCCCUGCGCCACGGGAGCGCUCGGCUCCGCGCUCCGCGGGCCCGGGGGACUGCACGCGGGCGCACCGGCCGCCGGCCAUGGCCUCUUCAGCCUGCCCGUGCCCUCGCUGCUUGGCUCCGUCGCCAGCCGCCUUUCCUCCGCCCCGUUGACAAUGGCCGGUUCGCUAGCCGGGAAUUUACAAGAACUCUCCGCCCGAUACCUGAGCUCCUCGGCCUUCGAGCCUUACUCCCGGACCAGCAAUAAAGAAGGGGCCGAGAAAAAAGCGCUGGACUGA